GGCCCAGGAGGCUGUUUUCCCAGCCUCCUCCAGUGCCUUCUCUCUCUCUCUCUCUCUCUCUCUCUCUCGCUCGCUCGCUCACUCUCACUCUCCACCUUCCAGCUGCAAAAGCUUCUCCAGUAGACUGAUAGUCUGAUAGCCCCCAAAAACCAGAAACUUUGUUGACCUUUGCUUGGACUGGAUGAUUACUUUGAUGGUGAGGCUGCUGUAGCCACUCGACAAUGAAGUUGUGGAUCAUUGUUGCACUGGUUGUGUUCAGUGACGUGCUGCAGAAUGUUGAUUGUCAACAAAAUAAACGGGCCAAAGAAGCAGGAGAAAAUAGAAUCAGACCUACAAAUAAGAAGGUGAAGCCUCGAGGACCUAAAGUUAAAGAGAAGGAUUCGUCGACCUCUGCAGGGAAGAACCAGUCCAUCAUGACACAAGUUUUGGACAAAGGUCGCUUCUUAAGACUGCUUGAAACUUUAAGUCUUAAUGCAGGACAGAAUCUUGAGCUGCGUUGUAAAGGGAACAAGAUCGGGUGGGCCUACCCUGUUUACCUGGACACCUUCAAAGACUCCCGACUCAGCAUUAAGCAGCAUGACAAAUACAGUCAGCUAAUUCUGACAGAAACCUUGACGGCGGACACAGGAGAAUUCAGCUGCUGGAAUUUGCUCUGCGAUGGUUCAGAAUGCACCAAAGAUGAGGAGAAAUCAAGCAAAGUUUACAUCUACUUCACGGAUAAAGAAGACCUGUUUGUUCCAUCAGCGACUUACUUUGAAAUAGUUUACCUCCGGCCUGACCAACCUUCAAUCAUUCCCUGUCGGGUGACUAGUCCUACAACAAAGGUGACUCUGCACAGGGAAGUGCCCCCUGUGGAAGUCGAUGUCAACGGUACGCUGAUCAGCUAUGACCCGAGGAAAGGUUUUAUAAUCCACCAGCCUGAUCCUGAAUACAAGGGAGUGUUUUAUUGCAAAGCCAUCAUGCGGGGGACGCCUCAAAUGUCAAUCAAAUAUCAGCUGCUUUAUGUGGAAGUUCCAAGUGGUCCUCCAUCUGUAACAAUUGAAGCUUCAUCCACCUUGGUGAGGGGUGGUGAUAACAUCAACGUCACCUGUACCAUCCUCGGUGAACCAGAAGUAGACGUGAACUUCACUUGGACUUACCCUGGACAAGGUCAAAGACCAGUAACUAUUAAUGAAGGCUGGAGACUGAUUAAUCGGGGAAUUGGACACACAACUCGAAUUUCUGAAAGUGUGAUCUUCCUUGAAGAUGCUGAAACUAUUGACUUUGGGAACUACAUCUGCACAGCCAAAAACCAAAGAGGAGAGACGUCGGUGGCCGUUCACAUUGACUCGUAUUAUUAAACGCGAAAAAUAACGGCCUCAUGUAAAUUCAGUAAAUGUAAGUCUCAAUUUUGCAAAACUCUGAAGCAGAGCUUCUUGAAGUUAUGUAAAAGAAAUGUACUUUAACAUGGAUACCGUCUUACAUUUUAAUGUCUGUCUGUCUUUGGUCAACGGCAUGUUAAUCGUGGAAUAAUGGAAAUGUAAAAAUCUCAUUGACUAAAUGCUCCUAAAAUGCUAAUUAUGCACAGUUAUUUGGAAAAAAUGUCAAACUCCUGUCCAAGAGAGUGUGAAUAGAUUAAAUUUGUUGCGACACAAUACAGGGAUCAGCUAUAAAGGCUACGACCGGAUUUUGAGUGCCACAAAAUCUGACGAUGAGUUGAUUUUGUGGCCAGAGAUCAUCAUCUAAUUUCAUUAUUUUUUUGAGCAUAUAGUAGAAAAUUGAAACAUUUUAAAUUUGAUCAGAUUCAUUUUAAGUGAUUACAUUGUACUAAAUGAUGUACGUAUUCUAAUAAUUUUGAUGACAUACUGUAGGCUUGAUCACUACUCAUUUGAACAGCUUUCUAAAACUCUUCAUCUGCGGAUUUCUGAUACAAAGAGACACAAUCGUUUAAUUAAAGGUCUUCCAGGAACAUUUUGAUUUUGAGAAAAAGUAGAUGUACUCUAUAUAAGUUUUUUUUCCAUACUUAACUGUUUUUUAUUAGUAGUAUUUGACCAGUUGGGGCAAAACAGAGAAAAAGAAGGUAUGAAUUUACGCUCAUGAGUGAAGCGUUACGGCAAAAUAUUCCACUUAGAAAGAAUACAUGGUGCUAUGUUGUAAACAUGUUUGGGAACCUUUGGAUUUAAAUUUGAAUGCUUUAGAAUUUUUUUUUUUUUUUUUACAUUUUUUCCCAUUUAAUAUUUUCACUUAAUCAAUGUGGUAACAAAACAAAUCAUAUAUAAGCUGAAGCAUACUGAAGUCUUCAAUAUGUGCAUUACAGCUAUGAAGAGGGGUUCCAAAACAUGGACUGGUGCUCUGCACUGCCGCCACACAUCUGUAUGUGGGAUCUCUUAUUUGUUCUCUUCCUGUAAGCUUUAAAGACCUCAGCAGGCUAAAAAGAAGCAAGUCUUCAUGAUAGCCACUGGCGUAUAUCGGUUUGCUUACAGACUAUAGUGUGCAGUCCUCCCCGUCCUAUUGCUGCUGUUUAUUUUGUGAAGGAUAUCUUCUUAGGAAUGUGCACAUUUAAAGGUCUGCCAUGGUGUUAACAUUUCUUCUGUUUUUACCUUCCAAAAAAUUAUGUUUUCUAUCUUUUAAAUAUGACAGACUGGACUGUGUAUUCAUUAUAUUAAAUCUGCUUAUUCAAUAAA